CGACCGCAAUCGCGUCUCAAUCGACAUCAUCAUCAUCAUCCAUCGUCAACAUUCGAUUUCUUGCUCAACCAAACAUCUGAACCCUCUACGGAAUUUCGCCCUCUGACUGUCAUCACCAUCGACAUUGAUAUUGAUACUAAUCGUCCACUGAACCACCGAAUCGCUCAACAACUUCUACAAUCACCAUGGGCUCCAUCGUUCUUCCCCAUCUCGAGACCGGCUGGCACGUCGACCAGGCCAUCCUAAGCGAAGAUGAGCGUGUGGUGGUUAUCCGUUUCGGCCGCGAUCACAGCCCCGACUGCAUGCGUCAAGAUGAAGUGCUCUAUCGCAUCGCCGACAAGGUCAAGAACUUUGCAGUCAUUUACCUAUGCGACAUUGACAAGGUUCCCGAUUUCAACCAGAUGUACGAGUUAUACGACGAAUGCACCCUCAUGUUCUUCUUCCGAAAUAAACACAUGAUGAUUGAUCUCGGCACCGGUGACAACAACAAGAUCAAAUGGGUACUGGAAGACAAACAAGAACUGAUCGAUAUCAUCGAGACGGUGUACCGCGGCGCGAAGAAGGGACGCGGUUUGGUGGUUAGUCCCAAGGAUUACUCGACCAGACAUCGCUAUUAGAAGGGCGAAUAACGACACGAGCAACAACAACAACGAGAACGAUUUCCAAGAUAUGGCAGACGCAAAACUACGCGGUACGGGGGUUACGCGACGAAUUAACAACAAGUUCAAGGCGAAGCGACAGAGGAGGGUGUCUGGAGGCUGCUGGGGAUCCUGGCGUUGGUUCCCGUGACUCAGCCUUGCUCUGGAAUUCAUUUACCACGGGCAUUUUGCAGCGUAAUCAGAUGGAUAAACGGCUGUUAACUCGGCGACGAAUAAGCGAUGGUUGGCUUGGGCCCACGCCGAGCCGCGAGCUGCCUUUGGGGAAAUAGCACGCGAGCGUGGAAAACAUAAAGGCAAGCGGAACCAUAUCGAUUGGGCAUUGAAUGUACCUAGCUAAUGCUGAGCAGAACCGGGCAGAGAAAUUGAUGCCAUGGCGCUUACCGACGGGGUCCUUGCGAUACUGUCCAAGUGCUUCAUCGCUGUUCACUGGGCUGCACGUGAAUG